CUGCUGCUGGGUCUAGUGGCUGCCGCGCUCGCUCUCUCGCUCGCCCCUCGCCAUGUCCCUCCUGCUGGAGGCGGUGGGCUUCUUCUUGGCCGUCGUGGGGUGGGCGCUGCUGGCCGUGACCCUCUUCAACAGCUACUGGCGGGUCUCCACCAUCUCGGGCAACGUCAUCACCACCUCCACCCUCUUCGAGAACCUGUGGCAAAGCUGCGCCACCGACUCCACCGGCGUCUACAACUGCUGGGAGUUCCAGUCUUUGCUGGAGUUGCCAGCCUACCUGCAGGCUUCUCGGGCCCUCAUGAUUACGGCAUUGGUGCUGGGCUUCUUUGGGAUCCUCUGUGGCUUGGUGGGCAUGCAAUGCACCAAAGUGGCGGAGGAGAACCCCAACGUGAAGGCAAAGAUAGCUGCGGUUGGAGGUUGCCUGUUCGUCUUGGCCGGUAUCUGCGGGAUGGUGACGCUCUCUUGGUAUGCCUUCAACAUUACCCGAGACUUCUUUAAUCCUCUCUUUGCUGGCACAAAGUAUGAAAUUGGGCCUGCGCUCUACCUCGGCUGGAGUGCAUCGCUGCUGGCGAUCAUCGGAGGAGGGUUCCUGUUCAGCUCGUGUAAGACUCACUCUUCGCCGGAGAAGAGUUACAGCUAUCCGUACAAGGCCACGAAGAGUGCUAUGUCAGCCCCUAACGUGACGCCUGCUCGUCCCCGUAUAGACUCUAAUGCCAGCAGUGUUGGAAAGUAUGGCAAAAAUGCUUAUGUUUAAGGCUGUGCAGUGGGGUGGUCCCCAAAGGACAUCAGAUACUUUUCUGGUUGCCCAGAACCUGAAAGAGACGGCAACUCACAAGGGGACUUUCUUCUCUCAACCCCGCCUUUGGACAUUUUGCAAAUCCCUGGUGAUUGUAGGAAUUGGAUGGAUCCAUUGAAGCCACAUGUCUGCGUAGAAAUGUGUUCUGGAAGAUGCUGCAUUGCACCAGAUUAUUUAUUGCUGAGGAGAGCUGUCUCCCCGUGUCUACCUUUCACUCUGUUCUCCCCUACACGGACCAUCAGGUGUCGCCAUGCCAUCUGGCCAUCCUAAAAGAAGAGGGGCAGAGGUUCAAGCCAACCUUCUGAUUUAGAAGGCUUUCUUCUUAAUUCCAAAUGUUUGCAGAGGCUAUAGCAUCAGACCAGUAGGGUUGCCAGCUUUUGGAAGGCACAAAUCUGGCAAGGGAGAGGCACCACCCUGGAGCAGGGCUCAGCUCAAGGACCACCCAUCCAGCAGCAGGACUAAUGGGGUAAAGGGGGUGCGGCCCCGGGCUGUCAAAGGGUGGAGUCCAUGUUCCCAGGAACAGAGCUGAGGAAUCAAAGGUUGGAGUAAAAAUGUCAAGUGACAGAGUCUACAAAAAUUGCUAAUUCAUCUAAGGUGUGCAGCUCUCUCCACUUCUCUUUUGUUGGCUGAGGAAAUAUCAGGCAUGGCCUGGCAAGCGAUGGAAGAUGUGGGUGGUGGGGAUGAUUGGCAGCUUUGAUGCAAUUGCAUCCCUUCCAGUGUGACCUGGAAGUGCCAUUAUUGUGCUAGGGGUGACACUCUAGCAUUCACCUCAAAUACUAUGGUUUAACUUGGUUAUAGAGUUUUGGGUGAAUGUUAGGGCGUCACCUGAUACAAUGCCAGCAUUUCCAGGUUGUGCUGAAAGUGAUGGCAUUACACAGGGUGUGCUGGUUAAGCCCCCCCCCUUUUGCUGGGGAAUUUCCUCCUGCCACCCUCCUACGCACUGCCAGGGAGCAGCAGCAGAGAGGGAUGAGGCAGGGAGGUCUCUUGCUAGACUGGGAGAUCGGGCAACUCUUGAACAAGGGAAGCAGAAAAGGUAACCAAAGACCAUUGCAGCGUUUAGAGAAGCUGCUUUUGAGGCACAAGUUAAGUCUGGGUUGAGAAUGAACUUUAAAAUUGGCAAGUCUAGUGCAGCAAAGGUUGUAAAGGUGCAGCAGAGCAAAUUUCUUUGCACUAAACAGCUAACUGACCUCAUGCCUGUUCCAUUAUAUGUUUUUUUAAAAAAAAAUCAUCUGAAAACUGGCUCAGAGUGGGGAAAAAGCAGUCAGCCAGCAACCCUGUAGACCAGGGGUCCAUUUAUUCCAUCACCCUGUUUCACGCAGUGGCCAAACAGAAGCCACUGGAAGCUUUGGUUGAUAUAGUCCAAUGAUAUCUAGUGCUGGGCCCUGUUGAUUUGAGAGGAGUGGAAUCAUUUUUAUAUCAUUUUGGGUUAAGUAUUCUGAGUCCCCACCCCCCCGCCUUUAGUGGCUCAUUCUCCUUGCCCCCACCUACUUGUUACUUUGUAAACUGCUCUGAGUGAGUGGUUAAUAACAUCAAAUGUUAUUAUUAUAUUAUUACUCCCCGUCCCCCAGGCCCAAUCCCUGCAGCGGAGAGGACAGACAAAAUGGACAGUGGUAGGUGCUCCGUCGCUCGGCUCUUAUUAUCGCUUACUUAUUGAGAACCUAUAAGUAGGGUUGUAGUCCACAGCUUUGGACAUUUGGGGGCUGUGCUGAGGCGGGGAAGGGAGCUCCGUGGGGUAUGUGAUGCUGCAAAGCCCACUCCCUGAAGCUGCCACUUCCUUCAGGACAUUAGCUGAGUGCAAAAACGGAGCAGAAGUUACGCUGUGCCGAUUAAAGAGGCAAAAAGUUUAUUUGAGGAAAUACAUGCUUGAUAGUGAAGUUGAGAGACAGAGAGAGGUUCCUUGCUAUCUGACUACAUCUUGCAGAGAGAGUGAAAAAAAACAGGAGAGAGAAGAAGCAGGAUAUUGCCCUGUUUAGCCCAACAGGAGACAAGACAAGGAAAUGACCCCCAGGAAACAAGAGAGAUGCUGCCCUCACCGUCCUAACUAAGUGAUCCUUGCUGCCCCCCUGCAUGGAAGGCUCUUCUUCCUUCUUGCGCACAGCGUAACUUCACUGCUCUGUGUUUGCACUCAGCUAACACAGGAGUGGUGAUCCCUGUAGUUCGGAAAGGAGUCAUCCUUCCAGGUGAUCCGCAAGCCCCGCCCGAAGAUGGGCAACCUUACCUGUAAAGAGCCAGCCACUAAUGAAAGAAGAAACGGAAGGGCUGGUGGGCCCCCUGCUGGGGUGUAGGCUACAUCUGUGUCCUAGGCUGCUACCCGCCCCCCCCCCCAUGCCAGUUCUGAUGGUAUGACAUGGGGCAUGCCUGAACCCACUGAUGUGUGUGCAUUUAAUUCUGGGGCUCGUUCCAUCAGGGCCAAAGAUGAGAGAGUGCAACCACCCGGCGUCAUAGAAUGCAUGCCUCGCAGAUCAGAUGCUUGUGCGGCUGUUCUGCCCUUGCCUGUCUUGCAGGAUUACUGGCUUGGGCAAAUGUUUAAGGGCUCUUGGCCAGACUUUGCUGCUAGAAGCUGAAAAUCCAAUGUAGCCCAUGGACGAUACACAAAGUUCUCAUUCUGAGAUCUGUCACCUACUCUUGAACCCCCUUCAAGGGCUCGGCUCUAGAGUACUUGGGUUGAAAGGGAAUUCAACUUCUGACAAUUACUCACAAGGAGGCUUAAUUUAGCACUUCAUCUUGGGCUUGUACAGAAAGUUAAACAGCACCUUUUUUUUAGCAGGGGUAAGUAUUAUUGAAAGAUACUCAGCUUGAGGACAUGGCAGGUUUUGGCUUCUGCCCAGCGCCUCCUGAGCAGGAGCAAGAACAACCAGACAGCGCAACGAAAGAGAAUUUUGAACUGUGCAGUCACUGAGCUAAGAGUCCUUGGGGGCUGGUUUGCUGAGGGGCAGAGGACAAUGCAGAGGUGAACCCCUGACCAAGAAGCACUUUCUGACAUUUUCAAAUGUUUUGUAUUAAAAAAAAAAAGAAAUGUUUCGGCA